AUGUUUUUGAUGGGGCCACUUAUCAAACUUGUUUUUUUUCCCAAUGACGUACAACUGACUAAACCAACAAAGAGCAACAACGAUGAAUCAAAAAUGCGAACAAAGACACAGAAAAGACUGACAUUGUCUGGAUGGAUGUCAGUGGACACCUUUGUUUUGACCUUUUCCAACCAGAGAGGAAACCCUGCAGUGUUUGUGUUUUUCUCUCCAUCUGUGAAUUUUGUUGUGGACACACUUAAACGUCAAGAGCAGCUCAAGGCUGCCACAGCGACAGAUUGGAGGAGCAGCAUCGCUCCGAGUCCUCGUCAACAAAGUGCUUUUUCACUGCCGAAAGAAUUUAUGUGUAUGUUUAAAGCACACUCUCUGUCAUUGGAAAGGGAUGGGUUUUUUUUCCUAUUUCAGGAGCUGAUAUGUUUGACCAUGUCAACUUUUAAGUGUUUUUUUCAUCCUCACUUGUGCAUAGAAACUGGUCCAUCCGACGAGAGCCGCUGCGAGUAUCGUACAUCACAGUGUACAUUUGAAAAGGAACAACAAGAGACAUGA